AAAGGGUUGUGCUGUGUUGUCUCAAACAAUAGCCGGCUUAGAACAUAUCUCAGUUGCUAUCAAAACUUGUAUUUUGAUGAGCCCAGAAAGCAUUUGGCCUUCUCAAGAAUGUUUUCCUGGGGCAACAUCCCUAUGUUAAGCAUCUUGUUUUGUGGGUCAUUUUUUAUCAUAUAUUUCUUGAUGACUUCUUGGGGCUGAGUUUCUUUUCCUAUCCUUCUGGAAACUGCUGGAGACUGUAAGUAGCUAGAGACUGUAAAUAUCUUUGACCACGAUGAGUUGGAGUUUCUUGACCCGUCUACUUGAGGAGAUCCACAAUCAUUCCACAUUUGUGGGGAAGAUCUGGCUGACUGUACUGAUUGUAUUCCGCAUUGUUCUCACUGCUGUGGGAGGGGAAUCCAUCUAUUAUGAUGAACAAAGCAAAUUUGUUUGCAAUACAGAACAGCCAGGUUGUGAAAAUGUGUGCUAUGAUGCUUUUGCCCCCCUCUCUCAUGUGAGGUUUUGGGUAUUUCAAAUCAUCCUAGUCUCUACUCCCUCAGUAAUGUACUUAGGCUAUGCUGCUCACAAAAUAGCUCGGAUAGUGCAACAUGGCGAAACGGAACGGAAGUUACGAAGCAAACCUCUUCUAAUGCGUUGGAAACAGCACCGAGGUCUAGAAGAAGCAGAAGACGAUAAUGAGGAAGAUCCAAUGAUGUAUCCAGAGAUUGAGGUAGAGAGUGAACGAGAGAACAAGCAAAAUCCAUCCCUCGCGAAAAUAAAGCAUGAUGGUAGGAGGCGAAUCCGAGAAGAUGGGCUUAUGAAGAUUUACAUCUUUCAACUGCUGAGUAGGACUAUGUUUGAAAUUGGCUUCCUGGUAGGCCAGUACUUACUCUACGGAUUUGAAGUCAGUCCAACGUUCCUUUGUAGCAGAAAUCCAUGUCCCCAUUUUAUUGACUGUUUCAUUUCAAGACCCACAGAAAAAACCAUAUUCCUGCUCAUCAUGUAUGGUGUGAGUAGUCUCUGUUUACUUCUGAAUAUCUGGGAAAUGCUUCACUUGGGAUUUGGCACCAUUCGGGACACACUGAAUAACAAACGGAAGGAGCUAGAAGAUUCAGGAACUUAUCAUUAUCCUUUUAUUUGGAAUACUCCACCAGCUCCUCCAGGGUACAAUAUUGCAAUGAAACCUGACCAAAUACAGUACACAGAGUUGUCUAAUGCCAAAAUAGCACAUAAGCAAAAUAAAGCCAAUAUUGCCCAAGAACAACAAUAUGGCAGCAAUGAGGAGAACAUUCCCACUGAACUGGGGAACAUCCAGCGAGAAAUCAAAGUAGCUCAGGAACGCUUAGAUCUUGCCAUCCAUGCAUAUAAUAAUCAGAAUAAUCCAUCCUGUUCCAAGGAGAAGAAGCCCCGAGGCAGCUCAAACAAAAGCAGUGGCAGUAGUAAAUCAGGGGAUGGAAAAACUUCUGUUUGGAUUUGAUGCUGUUCACUUGAGAGGGAAUGCUACCUUUUUCUUGUAGCAUAUCUAGCAAAUUGGGUGCGAAAUAAUUUCCAGUAAAAAAUAAUUGGCCUUGCUAAAGUUCAGAGAUGUUUUGUGCUGCUAAAUGGUACUGUUCAAAAGAACAGAAGAGAAAAAGUUAUGCUCACAUUCUGAUAUUUCCAAAACAUGUAUUCAUGUUUCUUCCAGAUUUGCAGAUGUCCCAGGGAUUUUUUUAAUUAUUUUUGUUAAAAGAGUUUAUACUGUAUGCACAAUAUUAUGGUACCUUUUAUUAUGCACAUUUUGUAUUUGUAUAUUGGAUAUCUCAGUUAUGCAUUUUGUAUUAAAAGGAAUCAAAUAGGAAUUUUCAACAUUUUUCUAAAGCAUUUUCUCCUCAUAUUUACUUUGAAUUUCAGAGAGGUUUGAAUUAUGGAGCAGAUAAUUCUGAAUGACUGUCAUGAACAGAUUCCAGCCAAAUAAAUUAAACAUUAGGUAAAAUAUGUCUUCUGAUGUAGUCAGAUUUUUUUUUCCUGUAGUGAAUAUCCUUGAAUAUGAGUGGACAAAAAAUGAAUUUCAAACUGGCUGCUUCUAGCAUAUAACCUUGUAUUCAGUUUAUGAGUCUUCCAAGAAAAAAGUGCCUGGAAUUGAAAAUGUUUUCUGAAUAAAAAAGGUAAAUAGUUCAACCACUGUGAAAAUAAAACUUCAUGUACCUGAUGAUUUAAAACAUAUAUUUGAUAGUGCAAAGUAGGAAAAGCAAUUGGGUAUCUCCCAGAAUUCAGAUAAUUCAUACUGCAGCCCCCAUAUUAUUGACUUAUGUUGGUUGGAAUUAUAGUCCAAAUAAGAGUGCCUAUCUCCUGUUUAGGGAUGACUUCAUCACCUCUUGAUAUUGGAAACAAUUUAAAGUUUAGAAAAAAGUUAGGCUAGUUAAAUUAGUGUUAAGACAAAGAAAGGCCUGCUUUCUUGAAACUUGAACCUGUAUUCAAAUGGUGGGGAAAAAACAUCUUGAUUUAAGGGAAAUAUUGUAUUAACAGAAUUAAAAUACUUGCCUUUAUUUUGAAGUGGGAAAUGUUAUUUUAAAGGCAUGUGAUGUACAACAUGAUUCUUCAGGAAAUUCUUUAUUGUGAGAAGGAGUGAGGGGUUAUGAAUUUGAAGUGAUGGAAAAAUUUGUACUUUAACAAAUCUAUUUAUUUUAGCAGUGUCCAACGUCAAUCUUCCUCCUUGAUCUUUUAAAUUCCUGUCCUGCUAUUUAUGGAUUGCAUGCAAAAAGCAGCAGGAAGCUACUUGGGAGCGUAUAUUCUAGUCUUGUGAAACUGCAGGCUGUUCUAAUUAAAUACAUAGGUCCUUUGAAGGAGAGUUUCAGCUCCAUACAGCAAACUGGAAGUCUUACUUCUUUCCUAAUAAGAAGACAAAACAGUUAGCUACCAGCUUUUGGAGCUCGCCCAUUAUUUGGUUCAUAGAUUGGAUGUAUUUGAAUUGCUGUGGUUUUAUCUGUUAUGAUGCUGAGUUGAUAACAUUUGCAAAAUUUGGCAAGUAAUAAGAGUUUGGAUUUAAAGCAAUACGUGCUCAUUAAAAAAAAAGGCUUUGUGUAUUUUACUUCAUUCAAAAUAUAGUAAAGUCUGAAUUAAAAGCAAUGGAUAACAAUGACACUAUCUCAAGUGCUUGUCAUUUUUCCUACUGCCGUGAUACAAUCACUGAAUAAACUGGCUUUGCAGAAAUCUAAUAGCUGUUUAAGUGGAAAAUGGGGUUGUGUCCAAAUUUAGAUGCAUUCAACCCAUUUUUGGUAGCAAAUGGAGAUGCUUGAAAUAGAUACUGGAGAUACUUAACAAGCAGGGUAGGCAAUUUGGUGAGGAAGGACGGGUUCUUCCAAAAUUGCAUCUUUUUGUGUUAUGUUCAAAUUAUACAGGAUACAUCUCCCUAACUAUUCCAUCCAUCCACCGUACACAAAGCCUGUCUCAUUUAGCAGAAUCCCAAGUUUUUUGUGCAAUAUUUUAAAAGGCCUAGAUACAAAUGCAUAUCAGUGUGCUGUUCUGCCUAAAACUUGACAAAUUGCAUUGAGAAAUAGGAGUUUUGAAUAAGAACAGUUAUGCUGCUUC